GAGGCUUUGCUACCUUCUCGUCCUGCUUCCCGGGGCUCUGCGAAGGGAAGCCAGCUGCCAUCCUGCCAAUGAGCAUCUCCCAGCCAUGCUUGCCUGUGGCCAAUGUUGGCCCCACACGCAUCCUGCCUCAUCUCUACCUGGGCUCCCAGAAAGAUGUCCUAAACAAGGACUUGAUGACACAGAACGGGAUAAGCUAUGUCCUAAAUGCCAGCAACUCCUGUCCCAAGCCAGACUUCAUCUGUGAUAGUCACUUCAUGCGCAUUCCUGUCAAUGACAACUACUGUGAGAAGCUGCUUCCCUGGCUGGACAAGUCCAUUGAAUUCAUUGACAAAGCCAAGGUGUCCAGCUGCCAGGUGAUUGUGCACUGCUUGGCUGGGAUCUCCCGGUCAGCCACCAUCGCCAUCGCCUACAUCAUGAAGACCAUGGGUAUGUCAUCAGACGAUGCUUACAGGUUCGUUAAGGACCGUCGCCCAUCCAUCUCGCCCAACUUCAACUUCCUGGGCCAGCUCCUGGAGUACGAGAGGAGCCUGAAGCUCCUCAAGGCCCUGAAGACAAAGGGUGACCGGGGCGAGGGGGAUGCCCAGCAGGACCCGGCAGAGGUGGCUGAGAGCAGCCGACAUCCCCUAACACCUACCUCAGAGAAAGCCGAGGACGCGCCGAGAAGCGCCGGCUCGGCAUCACCCCGCAGCGACCCCGAGCGGCAGGGCGGGACCCCCAAGGUCCUGUCGCCCACCACCCUGCAGCAGGGG